AUGAAUCGGCAGCCCGGGGGAGAGCGGAAGAGGAAGGGCCGCACCCCCGGCGGGCAGGCCGAAGGGAAAUGCUCCCGGGUCCGGGUGGGCCAGAAAACCCCAAGACGGAGGGAGCUGCAGGCCGAGGACCUAGCCAGCGUACUGCAGCACCUCGAGGAGGAGUUCGCGGCGGGCGAGAGGCUCGCAGACGAGCAGACGUGGUGCAUGCCGGUGCCGCGCGCGAGGCAGGUGCGAACGGUGCAGAGGUUCUACCGGGCGUUCCACGACGCCGGCACGCUACCGGUCUCGACCUGCAAGGUAUGUUACCGGAAGCGGUCAAGAGAGGAGCUAAGGGAAAUGGCGUGGGGGAGGUGGCCAUGGCGGAGCCCCGUCACGGAGGGCGGCCGGUCUCUAUUCGCGUGCCGAAGCUGCUUCCCCGAGGGCCGGGCGGUGCCGGUAUGCGCAGAGUGCGCGCGGUGCCUCGGGCGUGAGAGGGCUUCGCCUGGCAUGCACCUCCACGGCCGGCUCGGCUGCGAGCACGCGUACCCCGACGAGCUCAAGGGCCUCACGCCGGUCGAGGAGAAGCUGAUCUCGCUCAACUCGUGCUACGGCUUCGUGACGAGGUAUAGCAUCCCCGGCGGGCAGAGGCAGAGCGUGAGGUAUCCGAGGCACGUCAAGGGCCAUAUCACGGUAUUCCCGAAUGACGUGCAGGGGCUGGUGACCAAGGUGCUCCCGCACCCGCUAGUCCGGGUUAUGGACGAGAUCCAUGUCUCGUGGCAGGGGGCCGAGAAGCCGGGGCCACGCGACCUGUCGGGCCUCCUGUCGGUAAGGCGGCGGGCGGUCGAGAGGGCGCUCGUCUGGCUUAAGGAGAACAACCCGCUCUACGGCGAGGUCGAGAUCGACGUGGCGGAGAUGGAGAGCUGGGGGGCGCCGCCGCACGGGGUGCCGUCGGUGGUAUGCGAGCGCCUGGAGCGAAACGAGCCGUCAGCGCGGGAGAGGACGCGGACCGCGCAGGUGGUGCCGCCGACGGAGCGGGCCAUGGACGACGAGGGCGCGGUCGAGAUCGAGGAGAUCCUCGUCAUGUUAAGCCAGGGGCGGGAUCCCGCGGAGAGGAGUCGCGACGUCAGGCCCACGUGCGACGACGAAGAGGACGGCGCUAGGCCCGAAGAGGGCGGGGAAGUAAUCAACGAGGUGACGUCGUCCGGCAUGUUCCCGCUCGAGCCGCCAGGGGUGGCGGACGCCGAGAAGAUUCGCUUCGCCCGCGACGCCGUCGGGCCCGACGGAGCGCGCGCCCGCGCAGGCCCGAGGACGUGGGUGGGGGCGGCGGCCGGAGGGGCGGCGCGCGGCGGCGAUGGCGACAAGUACGAGCCCUAUAUCCAGGUACGGCGCGGCAACGAGUUCGCCGACUCGGCGGACGCCUCCUUCUUCGCCAAGACCUUCCCGACGCUAUUUCCCUUUGGCGUGGGGGGGCCGAGGCUCGCCGACGAGGCCGCUACCCGUGGAAGCGAGACUACCGGGUGGCGGGGCCGGGCUGCCGAGGCGGAGCGGGUCGCGGAGGGCCUCACGUCGACCCGGAACAUGAACCUCCAAGCAUGGGCCGACGUCGUGCUACGGCGCCACGGCGGCCGGAACCGCCAGGCCAGUAUGCUAGGCGUAACGAGGAAGAACUUCGCAAAGGUCGAGGGUCUACUAAAGUCGUUAACGACGCAGAGGCUCGAGGCGGCGAGGGUCGAGCUCGAGGCCACGGGCAAGACCGGCGACGACGGGGUAAAGGAGCUCCUCCGGUCCCUAUCGGUGUUUGGCCACCGGCAGCCGAUGUCGAGGGAGAGCCGCCUAAGUAUGCGGAAGAAGAUACUAUCUCUCAUCGUCAGAUACGGGGUGCCGGCCAUUUGGUUCACGCUAAACCCGAACGAUAUUACGAACCCGGUAAAGCUACGGCUGGCGGCGUACCGCGCCCGCGACCCCGAAGCGGCCGAGGCCUUCCUAAGAGAGCUAGGGACUGCGUAUAAGCGGGUGCGGCUGGCGAUAGCGGACCCGAUGAGCGCGGCCGUCUUCUUUCACCGGGAGAUAAAGCUCUUCUUCGAGCAUUACGUCGACGUCGGGGACGAGUCGGUGUUCGGGCACGUCGGGGCGUACUACGGGGCGGUAGAGACGAACGAACGAGGUGCUCUCCACCUCCACGGGCUUCUCUGGCUAAAGGGCAAUGCGCGCCUCGGCGAGGCGCUGGCCGGCGCCGGCGGCGAGGAGCAGGCAGCGUACCGGGAGCGAAUAAUCCGCUACGUAGACAGCGUCUUCUCCGAGGAGCUAGACGCAGAAGGGCACCACGCUGUGCAGGCGGAGCGGUCGAUCACGGCGCACAUGUCGUCGUGGCUUGACGACGUCGAGCGCUUUACGGACGCGUUCGACGAGGAGGCCAACUUCUGCGCCGGCGCGACGCAGGUCCACACGCAUAGCGCGACCUGCGUCAAGUACUCGCUCGCGGGGGCCGGUCGUAAGGGCGACCUCUGCCGUUUUAAGGCGCCCUGGAGGCUAGUAGAGAGGACGGCGCUCACGGCGGACGGCGUGCUGGAGAUCCGGCGGACACAUAGCAUGGUGAACCGGUGGAACAAGGCGAUGGCGGUAGGGCUGUGGCACAACCACGACAUCUCGUUCAUCGCGACGCAGCGCAAGACCAUGGCCCUGAUCUACUACAUCACCAACUAUGCGACUAAGGUAGAGGACCCUACGUGGAAGCGGGUGGCCGCCGCGGCCGAGUUACUCCCGACCUUAGAGCCGACAGCAGAGAGCAGUAUCCCCAGCGCCGACCGCAACGAUAGCGGGGGGAACGGAGCCGGAGAGGAGGCCGCGGCGGACCCUAUGGGGAACAAGACGAGGGUAUUCCUACUAAAGGCGGCGAACCGAAUCUUCACGGAGCGCCCGCUAUCCCAGGUCGAGGUGAUCGCCGACCUCCUGGGGUAUCCCGCGGAGUUUUGCAGCGGCGCGGCGUGGGCGUACGUGAACACGAACCAGCUCUACUGGGCCGUCUUCCGCCAGUGGCGGCACCUCCGACUGGCGAGCGGGGUAGAGGCGACGGCGAGCGACGCGCCGGACGAGACGGUCGUCGUCGAGGAGGCGGGGCCGAGGAUCUCCUUCAUCGAGGCCUACCGGCAUAGAGGCGGGCUCCUACAGGGCCUCUGUCUCUACGACUACGCGUCGCUCGUAAGGCUGAAACGGAAUGGCGGAGGCGCCGAGGGCUGCGCGGCCUGGGGCGAGAUACCCUUUAACGAGAGCUGGGCUCCGGGAAGGACUGGGCGCAAUAAGGAGUUCGGCGAGGAAGACGAGGAGUCAUGUCAUCGGAGGGCGGCGGUGCAGCAUCUAGCGCUGUUCGUGCCGUGGGAGGCAUUCGUCUGCGAGGAGACGGGCGACAUCAACGAUAUCUGGGCGCGGGAGCGGGCGGCGCUGGCGCCGAGGAUCGCGCGGCUCGCGGACAACGUACAGCUGCUCCGGCGGUCGGCGGAGGACGCCAAGCGCGACGCCAGGCAAUGGGCCGCUACGACCGAGGAGGGCGAGCCGGCGGCGGCGGCACGCGCCAACGAGGGCGCGGAGGAGGCGGCCGAGGGGGGCGGGCAGGUGUACCGCGCCGGCGGCGCAGGCGACGCGGCGCGGCUCAUCGACGUUGUCCGGAACGCCGCCGGCGCGGGCCAGGUAACGGCGCGGUCGGCGGAGCUGCUGGCGAUGACGCAGCAGCUCUGCCGGUUUCAGCAGUCGGCGCUCUCGUCGGCGGCCGAGCUCGAUGCGACGGUAAGAGCCAUCAAGUCGCAGCAGAGGAGCGCCGCGCGGGAGCGGGAGCGGGCGAUCCAAGGAAUCCAGGGCGGCGCGGCGGCGUCGGCGCCCGGGGCCGACCGAGGUGCGGCGCUACGCGGGGUGAUGGGCGGCUUCGGCGAGGACGACGUCGAGGUGACGGCAGCGGACGCCGACGCGGGGAUGCGUGUGCGGCUCGGCCCGUCGAGCUCGUUUGUCGCCGCCGGCAGGGAGCUAGCGGGCCGGCUAACGCUUAACGAGAAGCAGUCGAUCGCCCUCCGCAUCAUAUGCCGCCAGCUCGAUCAGGCCCGGCAGGGCGGCGACGCCGGCGACAGCGGCGACGCCGGCCAGCUCUGUCUAUUCGUCGGCGGCGAGGGCGGUACCGGCAAGUCGCGCGUCAUUGAGGCGCUCGUCGAGCUGUUCGCCCAGAGGACCUAUCGAGCCAGCUACUAA